AUGUCAAUUCUCUCUCAUCCAGGUAGCUUGAGAUCAUUUAAAAUAGCGUCUGACCCUGCUUCUAAAACACAAACUCAGCCUGACAUCAAAGAACUGAGAGAUUUAAAAAUCCUUACUCCCCGGCUCCGUGAAUAAAUAAAAACAUUUUGUUAGCUCACGGGAUUAAUUUAUUUUAGAGUAAAUUUGUUUUUUUUUUCCAAAUUAAAAAAUCCCAAUUCGUAAAAAUUGAGAAGCAAAUGUAAUUUAAUUUGCAAAGCUUAUGUUUUAAAAUUUAAGCUGCUUAAAAUCAAACAGAAUUAGCUAGAUUUCAUUAUAAUAAUUAUCGCUUUUAUGUCAAAAUUUUUUUGUUUUUAAUAAAAAUUUUUGUUCACUAACGGAGGGUGGAUUUUUGUCAAAAAAUAGGGAUUUUUCCAAUGAUUUUAUUCACUCACAGAGGAGAGUUAGCAAGAAAUUUCUUAUUCAAAAGCCAACACUUACAAGUCGACUCAAUUCAGGGAGGCCAGAAAGUCACAAUGUUCCCAGACGCCUUCCAGGAAUAAUACCUCCAAGAAGUAACCCAUCAGUAAAGAGCACUCGAAACAUUUCAGAAAGCCGAAAAAGACUUAUGAGUGCUGGGAGAAGAGCUCAAAGUAUAGCAGAUCAGCCGACAAUUUUUUCUCGAUUAAAAAACUAUGUAAUUUCAUGUACAUAUAAAUCAAGAACUGGAGAAAGAGACGGAUCAACUAAAUCUCAAAACCAAGACUCUUACAUUAUAAGGCCGUUUUUGCGAGGCGCCAAAGGCCAAUAUUUAUUUAGUGUAUGCGAUGGUCAUGGUAAAAAUGGCCAUCUUGUAUCAGGAUUCAUAAAGGAGAAAUUUCCUAUGCUUAUUGAGUCCAACUUACCUUUUUCAUUUCCAGACCAAAAUCAGAUCUCUUUAUGCCUGCAGAAAUCUAUUAUUGAGGUUGCAAAAUAUCUGGAAGAAAGCAAAAUUCCAAUCGAGUCAUCAGGAAGCACUUUGAAUUCAAUUUUAAUAAGUGGUGAAAAGCUCGUCUGUGCCAAUUUAGGUGACUCAAGAGCGGUUUUGGGUAGCUUCAAAGAUGGGUGAAGGUCAAAAGACCUUUCAAGGGACCAUAAGCCAAACCUUCCUGAUGAAAAAGCAAGGAUACUCAACUCAAACGGCAGGGUUGAGCCAAAAUACAGUGCUCAUGGUGAAGAACUAGGCCCAGAUCGUGUAUGAACUGACGAUGUUCAUGCUUCUGGAUUGGCUAUGUCGCGAUCAAUAGGAGAUUCUCGAGUGCAUAAAGUAGGAGUCAUAACCGAACCAGAACUUGUCUACCACCAAAUCAUGCCUGAAGAUAAGUUUGCUAUCAUUGCAUCUGAUGGUGUUUGGGAAUUCAUGUCUAGUGAAGAAGCUGUAGAAAUUGUAGGCAAAACAUGGCAAGCUGGACGGAGUGAUAUUUGCUGUGAUAAUUUAGUCAGCGAAGCUUUGGAAAGGUGGAGACUGAACGAAGAUUCAGUAGAUGAUAUUACUGUCAUCAUCAUUUUCUUUAGCUUCUCACAUAAAAAAUGUUAA